CAGUAUUCCCUAUAUAUACACACGCAAAGCCAUUCCCCAAUCGUACACAAACGAAAUUCUUUUGAUCUCUCAGAUCUCGUUCUACUCCGCUCUCGAUCAUUCUCUACCUGUUCUCUCUGUGAAAUACUUGUAAUCCCGAGUGACAAUGGCCGGAAAAGGUGAAGGACCCGCCAUCGGAAUCGAUCUCGGCACUACGUAUUCGUGCGUCGGUGUCUGGCAGCACGAUCGAGUUGAGAUCAUCGCCAACGACCAGGGAAACCGGACCACGCCGUCGUAUGUGGCGUUCACUGACUCUGAGCGGCUUAUUGGCGAUGCCGCGAAGAACCAGGUCGCUAUGAACCCCAUCAACACCGUUUUCGAUGCAAAACGUCUUAUUGGUAGGAGAAUCUCUGAUGCAUCUGUCCAGGCUGACAUGAAGCUGUGGCCUUUCAAGGUCAUUCCUGGCCCCGGAGACAAGCCAAUGAUUGUUGUCAACUACAAGGGCGAAGAGAAGCAAUUUUCAGCUGAAGAAAUUUCGUCUAUGGUUCUCACCAAGAUGAAGGAGAUUGCUGAGGCCUACCUUGGGUCGACAGUGAAGAAUGCUGUUGUCACUGUCCCUGCGUACUUCAAUGACUCUCAACGUCAAGCAACUAAAGACGCUGGUGUCAUCUCUGGGUUAAACGUCAUGCGCAUUAUCAACGAGCCAACAGCUGCUGCUAUUGCUUACGGUCUUGACAAGAAAGCGACCAGCGUUGGCGAGAAGAACGUUUUGAUCUUUGAUCUUGGCGGUGGUACCUUUGAUGUCUCCCUUCUCACAAUUGAAGAAGGUAUCUUUGAGGUGAAAGCCACUGCCGGAGACACCCACCUUGGAGGCGAAGAUUUUGACAACAGAAUGGUCAACCACUUUGUCCAAGAAUUCAAGAGAAAGAACAAGAAAGACAUCACCGGAAACCCAAGAGCUCUGAGGAGACUGAGGACUGCUUGCGAAAGGGCAAAGAGAACCCUCUCUUCCACUGCCCAAACCACAAUUGAGAUUGAUUCAUUGUUUGAGGGUAUUGACUUCUACUCCACCAUUACCCGUGCUAGGUUCGAAGAGCUGAACAUGGAUCUGUUCAGAAAGUGUAUGGAACCAGUUGAGAAGUGUCUGAGGGAUGCCAAGAUGGACAAGAGCACUGUCCACGAUGUGGUUCUUGUCGGAGGAUCCACUAGAAUCCCCAAGGUUCAACAGUUGCUUCAGGAUUUCUUCAAUGGAAAGGAACUCUGCAAGAGCAUCAACCCAGACGAAGCCGUUGCUUACGGCGCAGCUGUCCAGGCUGCAAUCUUGAGCGGCGAGGGCAACGAGAAGGUCCAAGAUUUACUCCUUCUGGACGUCACCCCAUUGUCUCUUGGUCUGGAAACUGCAGGAGGAGUCAUGACAGUCUUGAUCCCCAGGAACACAACCAUCCCCACGAAGAAGGAACAAGUUUUCUCCACCUACUCUGACAACCAGCCCGGCGUCCUGAUCCAGGUGUACGAAGGCGAGCGGACAAGAACCCGCGACAACAACCUGCUGGGCAAAUUCGAGCUCUCCGGCAUCCCUCCCGCCCCAAGGGGUGUCCCACAAAUCACCGUUUGCUUCGACAUCGACGCAAACGGCAUCCUGAACGUCUCUGCCGAGGACAAGACCACCGGGCAGAAGAACAAGAUCACAAUCACCAACGACAAGGGCCGUCUGUCCAAGGACGAGAUUGAGAAGAUGGUCCAGGAGGCAGAGAAGUACAAGGCGGAGGACGAGGAGCACAAGAAGAAGGUGGAGGCCAAGAAUGCCCUGGAGAACUACGCCUACAACAUGAGGAACACGGUCAAGGACGAGAAGAUUGGCUCCAAGCUCAGCUCUGACGACAAGAAGAAGAUUGAGGAUGCCAUUGAUGGAGCCAUCUCCUGGCUGGACAGCAACCAGCUCGCCGAAGCUGAUGAGUUCGAAGACAAGAUGAAGGAGCUGGAGGGCAUCUGCAAUCCCAUCAUCGCCAAGAUGUAUCAGGGCGGUGUUGCUCCGGACAUGGAUGAGGACGCUGUUCCCCCGGCAGCUGGCGGCGCUGGCCCAAAGAUCGAGGAGGUGGACUAAAUUUGUGUUAUGAUGUUUUGUUACUCUGAGUCUAUUAUGUUUUUAUCCCUUUUGUGUUUUUUUUCUCUUGUUUUGAUUCUGGUGCCCAUUUUUAAAUGUUUUUGGUUAGACAAUCACCCGUGUCUAUGGCAUUGUAGUGCUUCUUUAUCAAAACUUAUCACUUUUUUCUUAUAAGCUUUUCCUGUCCAUUUAAGUCUCAUCU